GAGUCAAAGUAUUAUAAAAGUAAAAGUUAGGUACCUAUUGAAAGUUAUUAAAUUGUGAUAAUAAAAAUAACUGGUAAAUAAUUUGAUGGAAUAAAAGAUCUCUCCUGCCAAACACAAUGAACGAGCUAUUGCAGAAGCACGGCUGCGCCAACGUGUUCAGCGUCCCGGAAGGACUCAAAGAACUCAUGGCCGAUAUUUCUAGAGAAGUGCUCCGUGAGCAGCCGGAGCGUAUCUACGAGUUCAUCAGCGGCUACCUGUCCUGUCUGCUGGUGUCGCGCGAGCACGGACUGAUGGCUCUCCGUGUGCUGGACGACCUGUGCGACUGUAGACCUACGGUGUCUGAGCAUCUGCUGGGUCUGGGGUUGGAGGAGGAGCAGGUAAAUGAGAUGAAGGAGAUUAUCAAAACCAAGAUCGAGGGAGGCGAGUCGGAACCGGAAAGUGAGGAAGUGAAAGAAGCAGAGAUAGUAGAAGAGAUCCUGUCAACCCUUACACUAGAUGAAGAGAUGACGACCAAGGUCUGCCAGGUCAUCCGGAACGCCUACAAGGACUACUGGUACCGGAAGAGGAUUUUACAGAAGGGUCUGAUUGGCGAGCCGGAACAGCCGUGGGAGGUGGCUGCCAACAGGACCCUGCAGCUGUACAAGGAGACUAAACCCACCUUCAACGAGCUCUCCCGAGCCGCCGUCAGGAUUCAGGCGGCGUACCGUGGCUACCACGUGCGCACGAGCCUGCUGCACCACAUGAAGGUGCGCAAGAAGCUCGGGCCCAAAAGGGACAUGCCCGGGCCGCCGUUGGACAUCGCAAUGUCCAGGGAAAUGUCCUUCGGCCCUAUGCUGAAACUAGAAGUGCGAACAGACGACAACGUCCACUCCAUGUUCGCUGAAGACGCCAUCCUCAGCGCGGACAGAUAUGACCCUCUGAAGGCCGUCAUCCGCCCAUAUGGUGAAGACUCGAAGAGAGUGUCUCCAGUACCGUCGCAGAGGAUCAGCUUCUCCCAACCCUGGGAUGCGGUGUCGAUGCAGCAUGAUGGGGUUUUAGAGGGACCGCCGUCCAGCCGAUAUAUGUCGCAAGCUAUGACACCUCAUGGAUCCAUGUCGACAGGGAUGCCAGAAAUAAAUGACAGUGCCGAGAUGAAAGUCGCAGGAUUAAGGGAAUUCACACCGGAUCACAGAUUAUCAUCAGUUGGUACAGAAGAGAUCAAAGAAAUUCUGGCACCUCCAUCUAGAUCAGCAUCUAAAAACAUAAACAAUGCUGUAUCUUCUGCGCGACUCCCAUCAUCAAAACAACUUUCUUAUGCUUCUAAAGCUAAAGUUGGAUCUGCUAAGGAACUGCCUUCUAAGGCUGUAUCCAUAAGACAAGCAUCUUCUCAUGCAAGAAUAGGAUCGCGAAGAGAAAUUGAGUCCACAACUAAAAGCGUACCUUCUGCUAUCAGAAGUCCAUCUGGCAAAGGUUUCUCCAGCAUGCAAAGGAUUAGUACAAAAAAAGAAAGUGUGACCAUAUCAGAAGAAUCUACAUCUAAAAGAGACGUCACAUCUGCAACGAGGGGACCAUCUUUUGAAGAAGCUACGCAAGAGGGAUCCAAAAGCUCAAUUGGGAAACAAGAUACUUCAGCAACCAGAAUGGGAUCUGUAAAAGAUAUAAGUGAAAUACCGAGGGAAGCGUCGGGUAGGGAAAUAUCACGCACUAAAAUACCAUCUGUGGCAGCGGUUGCAAGCACGGCCGGUGCUCCGGCUCCACCGACCUCCAUCACAUCAUCAGCCCCAGAGUCCACAGCCACGGAGUAUCCUGACACUGAUCGUAGCGAUGUGUAGUCUGCUCCAUUAGACUCAAUGUUAUGGUGUAAGCCAACAUUAUUUGAAACUUCAGUUGUUCGAGUUUGGAAGUUGUGACUUUAUUUUAUUUUCGUCGUGUUCUUUUAUUGUUUUGGUUACUUACGUGAUUUCAUUAUUUUUAAGUUUUUUUUGUUCAUGACCUACUAGAAUGGUUUGUUUUUGUUGUUUUGUAUUGUUAUGUUACUGUCUUGUUGGUUCAAAUAAAAUAAAAUUACAUAUUGAUAAAAUGAACCAUUUGAUUCAACCUCAAAUAUACGAUAGCUGUAAACUAGCCAUUCCUAAUGGAUUGAAGGAGUUGAUGGCAGACAUUUCUAGAGAAGUCCUAAGAGCACAACCAAUAGAUAUUCAUAAAUUUAUUGCCGAUUACCUCUCAACUCUGCUUGUUACUCGUGAGAAUCUUACUGUAGCGUCCGCAAUCUGUGAACACAUGUACAAAAACAUACCUACUAGUGAACUAGUUGACGAACUUAAAGCAAUCGGCUUCGACGACGAAACGUCCGCAAAAGCUGCUGACGUUAUCAUAAAAUUCUUUAACAAUGGCGGAACUAGAGAAGAUGCUCUACUACCUAAGUUAAUGAAAAUAAUGAACAUAGAAGAAGAUAACCUGACGGACGUAAGGACGGCAAUAGAAAAUACGUUUAUACGCCAGCAGAUCAAGAACAAACUGAACAUAGAAUCUGACAUUAUCCCUGACGAAGAGUUAGAUGAGAUUACAAGAGCGGUGAAAAACACAAUGAAACUUUAUGAGCAGACUGAGCCAACUCAACAGCAAUACGAAGUUAUGGCUACUAAAAUCCAAGCGGCUUACAGAGGAUAUUUUAUCAGACGUCAACUUGCUCGUCAACCAACCAGUAAUCAACCAUCUUCCGAUGCCAGUGAUUUCUACACGCCACCCAACUCUUUUGAUACGUCUAGCACUAGCAUUCCUGAACUAGGACCUAUGGUAAACAAAUUGUCUGAAUCUGGUGAAACUAUAAAUUCUCAAACUAAAUACUCUUUAAAAAAACCUAAUGCACAAACUCGUGUUGUAUUCAAUGAAGAGUCUUUAAACAAUAAAAUUAAGACAACCUUCAAAUCGCCAAUUAAUUUUGAGCAACAGGAAUCAAAAAAUCAUCGCCAUAUAUUUAUUACUACCCCUGAAAGAAACA